GUCUUUCGGCUUAGUUUUCCCGUCGGUUGCUUAUUCGCCAGGCCACCCAGUUACACACUCCACAUCGGUGACGUACGUCGUACAGCCGCUGUCUUCUCCAGAACAUAAGAGCUUCGUGGGUGACGUCGCUGUGGCAAGGAACUUUGAAAGUGAUUUUUGUGCUUAUAGGAAAAGUUCACAUCAUGGACCAGCUCCGUGCACGAAGGGGCCACCUGUUCCGCAAGCAUCACAGCGCGGACAGCGCCGAGCAGCUCAAGAUCCCCCGCCACGAUAAGCACCGAAAGGCCGGGGACGAAAGCCCGGAGGAGUACGAUCGUGAGGCUGACCGCCACGCUGAAACAGGGGAGCGGAGGAGGAGGAACGUGUUCCGCCUGGGGAGCGGGUCGGGCCGCAGCACACCCAACCACAGCCCGGGUCCGCUCAACAGGAAACAGGCUCAUGGACAUCAUCAGCAAGGCGAGGCGGAGGAGCACAGGCGGCCCUUCAUCAGUAUAGCGGGCAAAAUCAGCAAACUUCCUCUGGCGCUUCAGGUGAGCCUAGACACAACAGACUCCAACUCGCUGGAGGAGGGCGGGAACCUGAUGCUGGAAACAGCCGACCGGUUGAACAUGCUACUCGGGGACGUGGAGAAGGGCGCAGAACACCUGACUGACGUCAUCGAUCGUGUGGGCAACAGCAUGGAUCACGACAUGCACAAUGUUUUUACCAGCUUGGAGCACGGCCUGCGACGCUUCUCCCAGACCCGAGAGGCCAUGACGGACCUGGCUCGAGCCGCUAAAGACACGGCCGAGGAGAUGACCCGCGCCGGGCGGGCCAUGACGGACCUGCUCCGGGGCGCCCUGCUCAUCAGCUCGGUGGUCGCCACGGCCUACGCCAUCAAAGAACUUAUGUCCGUCAAAGACAACUGUUCCUUGGUGUACUGUUGCCUGCUCAUACUGGCCUGUGGGCUGUGUGUGAUACUUCUGUGGGCGCUGUUAGGUAUGAUUCACACGAUCCUUAGGCAAGGAGGGCUGGAUUUUGCAUUGCAGGAUAUCACCUUUUCAUGGAAGAAGAGCAUGGACAACUAGUUAUGUUUAUUGCAGAGCAUCCGCUUCUCAAAAAUCGAUAGAUAGCAAAGAAUGUAUUUGGAAUAUCACGAUAUUUGAGAUGUUAAAAAUCACAUGUGCUGUACAUAUUAACUGGUCCUUUCAAACGCCGAUCUGCGGAUCUGAGAUAGCCAUUAUUGCGCCUUGGGGCAUCUUUUUAACCGGAUAGUGUCAACCCAAAACAAGCCUAUAUGGAGUGUAAAGAUUCCAGGCAGUGACGGAUUACAUGUUCGACAUUUCCCAGUUACACGGAUAUCCAUUUUGUGGUUUUCACAAUGUAAAUAUUGCAGUGUGCAUAUUGGAUGUUUUCUUAUCGGAGUGCCCUUUAUCAUUCCGUAUAUCACGAGACACCUGAAAGGUGUGAGACAUGAUAGAUGAGACUUGUGAAUAAACAGUGGCAUUUUCAUAUUUACAACUUGUCUGG